AGCAGCAGCAGCAGCGCAGCUUUAAAAAAUAAAAAAGAGAGCGCACAUUAGCCAAUAAGAGCGAGCGAGAGCAGACGCAUUUAAAAAUGACCGAAUAUAUGACAUCCAAUAUAAACAGCGUGCUGAAAAAUUAUCAAAACAGCGCGCCCAAGAGUCUGCAAGGACCGGCGGUUAUCAAAAAGGAAAUACUCAGUUCACCGGAGCCACAUGAGCUGCUGCAUCAUCAUGAGAUCAACAGCGCUGGCGUGGGCGUCGCUGCCGCUGCGCUGCCUGGCGAGACGACAGGAGCAGCGCGACAGUUAUUUGUAGCUCCGCUGCCGCUGCCGCCAGAGCUCAGUCAGCCGAUACUCUCGCAGCCAGACUUGGGCUGUGGCGAACUCUACGAGACGCGUCUGGAGGGCAAGAUCAUUGGCUGCUUUUCGCUUGGAGGCGAAAUGCGCUUAUGCUUGCCACAAUUUCUUAACAAUGUGCUAAAUGAUUUUACGCUCGAUCAAAUCAAUAAGAUAUUCGAUGAGCUGGGCAUCUAUUGCUCCCAAUGCACGCCCGAGCAGCUGGUGGAGUUCAAGGCGGCCAAAAUAUUGCCAUCGGAUGUGAAGGCCAGCGGCUUGAUAACACGCACAGAUGCGGAGCGUCUAUGCGCCGCCUUGUUGCCACGCUCAGAUCGCAAUAGUUAUAUGCACGUCGAUGAUUUGGCCAAAGGCGCGAUUAGCUUUCAGGUCUAUCACAAGUGUUUUGGCAAAUGCGAGGGCAUCUGUACGCCGGACAUGUAUUCGUAUCAGAAGCCCACAUGCAUCAAGUGUCUGGAGUGCAAGGGCUGGUUCUCGCCCCAGAAAUUUGUGGGUCAUGUGCAUCGCAAGUUCGAGAAUCGCACCUGCCAUUGGGGCUUCGAUUCACGCAAUUGGCAUGAUUAUCUUCAUGUGGCGCUCAAUGUCGAGAAUCGUGAGAAAUAUCAACGAAUUUUGGAUCAGCUCAAGGAGGUGGAGCUCAAGGAAAUGCACAAGGCUCAAUGCGAACUGGAUCAUAAGAAACGAAAGGCGGAUAUGCUGAUGGAGGAUGCGCUGUUGGCGGCAGCACCGCUGGGCCUGGUGGCGCCACAGGCGGCGCAUCAGCCGCUGGCAACGAGUUUGAAGUAUCAGCAUCAUCACCAGCUAAUCGAGCUGCCCAGCAAGAAGCACAAGUCAGCGGCGGCAGCAGCAGCAGCAGCAGCAGCGCCGCCGCUCGAGACAUAUACGCUGGGCUAUCAGCUAAUGUAUGCGCAUUGUGUGCAGCAGCAGCAGCGUGAGCUGGAGCGCGAGCAGCAGCACGUGUCCAGCUGCAGAGCAGCAGCGUGGAGCCGCCGCAGCUGCAGAAUCCGGAGCGUGUUGUGCGCAGACAGCGAUCGCGAACGCUUCGAACGCACCUAUCAGCCAAAUGUGGCGCUGGCGCCGCGCAAGAGCAUUCUGAGCAAGGAGCGCGAGCGGGAGCGAACGGCAGCAGCAGCAGGCAACAGCAACAGCUCAAACAGCAGCUCACCCAUGCCCAAGCAAAAGUCGCGCAGUCCUGCCGAAGAUUGUUGUGCGGGCAGCAAUGAGAUUACCUCCUCCACAUCGCCAGUGCCAGCAGCAACAGCAGCAGCCACACUGACUGCAGCAGCAGCAACAGCAGGCACAACAGCAAUUGUUGCUACUGCUGGCGGCGCUCAUAUUAUUGCCACCGUUAAUCAACAUGCGAAGCUGCUGCCCACCAGCAGCAAUCAUCAUAGCUUGGAAACGAGUCGCAUACGCAUUAAUAAGAAUCUGCUGCCACCAGCAGCAGCAGCAGCAGCAACAAUUACACUAGCGCCACCUAGCGGCCAAGCGCUGCUGCAUUACAAAACUCCCUGCUACUCACCCACGCAGUCUUCCAGCGCUGGUUUAAAUCUAAGCACGCAUAGCUCCAAUGUUGUUAGCUCCCCACAGCUCAAGACACAGCAGCAAUCCGCGCAGCAGCAGCAGCAGCAGCCGCUGCCCUUGACCAAUGGUCACAAACCGCAUCUGGGCAGCGAAUUUGAGUUGUCAACAGAUACAGACGAUGACUCGCUUAAUGGUGAGCCCGAUAGCAGCGCCAUGUUACCGCCCUGGGAGCUUGCGGUUGAAGCUUUGCGUGAUACGCGCCCCAAGGAGCGCGAGCGCGUGUUGCAGCUGCUGCAGCGACUGUUGCAGGAGAAUCAGCAAUGUCGCUACAACAAUGCGCAGCUCAGUGAGCAUUUGCAUAAGCAGGAGGCGCACAUUGCCGAGCUGAGCGAGCAGCUGCAAUGCUAUCGACGGCAGCUGGAAACGCUGGAGAAGCUGCGCGUGGGCGUGUUGCCGUUGAAGCAGCAACAGCAGCAGGAGCAGGCGCAGGAUCAGGCAAACAACAACAAUCAUAACAAUCAUUUGCUUGAGCAAGAGCCGCUGCAGCCAGCCAGCAAACGCUUAAAGCUGUUGCAAGAAGAAGAAGAAGAAGACAGCAAUCAAAGUCACAGCAGCAACAGCUGUGAGCAGCAGCAGCCACAACAGCCGCAGCAGCAGCAGCAACAGCUGCGCAGCGAUGAGGAAGAGGAUGAGCUGGAAGAGCUAGAUGAGGAUGAAGAGGAGCUGCUGGCGCUGCCGACAGCAGCAGAGGCGCCGCAUAGCAGCGCAUGCGCUACGCCGCCCACAGCAACCACGCCCAUUUCGCCCGAUUCGGCAGCAACAGCGGGUCAGCUGUUUGAUAGCAGCAACAGCAGCGAUGAGUGCAGCAUGAAAAAGGCGCAAAUGUCAGCAUGUCAAGCGCUGGACAAGAUUAGCAGCAAUGGCAACAACAACAACAGCAACAACAACAACAGCAGCAGCAGCAACAGUCAGCAGCAAAGCGAUGCAGAAGAGGAAGAGGAAGAAGAAGAAAGCGAUGAUGAUGAAAUGCCGCUGCAGCAGCGACAGCAACAUCAGCAGCAGCAAAUUGCAGCGCCAACGCCUGUGCUAAUGGCCACCAAGGCAAGCAAGAAACAAACACCACCCACGCCCACAGCCUCCCCCAUAACAACAGCAACAGCAGCAGCAGCCAUAACAACAGCAGCAGCAACCACAACUACAACAACAGCAGCAACAAUCAGCACAACGAAUUGCGAUUUACAAAUCAAGAAAGAAUUAGCCUAAGUCCUAAGCUCCCGCUCCCCCUACCCCUCCGCCCCCGCCCAAGCCGCCAGCCCACCUAUGCACAAUGCCCCGCUCUUGCUUAGAAAACUCUACGCUCAAUGCUUAGCGCACAUUAAUACACUGAACAAAAUCUGUUAGUGUAUUUCUGUCUUUUGUAAUAUAUAUUCAAUAUUUAUAUAUAAACUACUACAAGUUCAACUCUUUCUAUUACUCUUACUUUCUUCUUAGCUUGUUUUGAUCUCACGUAUGAAUACAAAAUUUGUUAGGCUUCCAAUAACAAAAAAAAAAACAAAAAAC